AUGGAAGCACAAGGGCUAGUCAAGGCGGGUUCUAGAAAGUCUAUUGGCAAUGGGGAUAAUGUAAGUAUUUUGUUGGAUCCAUGGCUUCCCGACCCUUCUAAUCCUUUUGUUCAAUCUGAUCAUCCGGGUUUAGUGAAUCAAAAUGUUUCUAGCUUAUUUUCGGUGCAUUCUAAGAGCUGGGACUAUGAGGUUAUCAAUGAUCUCUUUGAUGAAAGGGAUAAGAAUCUUGUGUUGUCUAUUCAAUUGAGUGGCUCUGCUACAGCUGAUAAGUGGUGUUGGAAUGAUGAACCCAAUGGCUUAUACACGGUCAAAAGUGCAUACCGAAGGCUACAGCAAGUUUCUGGUGUGCAUGUUGCUGAUCAAGACCAAAAAAUGUUCAAGGCUAUACGGAAGUUGGAAGUUCCUCCGAAAGUGCAGCACUUCUUGUGGCGUGUAUUAGUCGGUUGCCUUCCUACAAAGGUUCAGCUCAGUACAAAAAAGGUUAAUGUCGAUUUGUAUUGCCCUUUUUGUAAUCUGGCCGUGGAAACUAUCAGCCACAUCUUGCUGGAAUGCCGAUUUGCACGGAGCUGCUGGUGUGUUUCCAAUGCUCCAACUGGUGCGAAUAAUGGAGACUUCAACAGAUGGUUCAAUGCUCUUAUUGAGCAUCACUCGGCUGCCGUGGUUCAGGAAGCAGCAUGUAUUAGUUGGAAGAUUUGGUCUGUUCGUAAUGAGCUUCUAUGGAAUAAAAAAACUUGCUCUGCUAUGGAUGUGGUCCGUUCAGCUAGGACUGUGCUUAACCAAUAUUGUUCUGCUCAAACUCAAAAGACGGGGGCGUUAUUGUUUGAUGAUAUCAAUAAUGAACAAAACAAGUUUGGCUUUGGGUGCGUCGCCCGUGAUACGAAUGGAAUGCUUCUUGAAGCCAUUUCUGCUUCUCGGUUUGGAGUGGUUAAACCAGAAAUUGCCGAGACAAUUGGCAUUAAGGAGACCUUGAGUUGGAUAGAAAGAAAGCAGUGGUCCAAUGUCGUAAUUGAAACUGAUGCUCUGGUGGUGGUACAAGCUAUUAAUAGCUCAAUUUUAAUGCCUUCUCAGUUUGGAUUACUUGUUGGGGAUUGUCGGGCUUUAAUUUCGUCUUUGAAUAAUGUUUCGUUAAAAUUUGUUAAACGAUCUGCAAAUAGGGCUGCUCAUUGUCUUGCUAGAGAGUCUUGUUUUUCGUGA